AAAAUCAAUCUGCUAUGUUGAAUUAGUAAAAGUAAUAAAAUCAAUGGCUUUUUCAAAUGGGCGGAGCUUCGAAGCUAUUGCUACGAUUGUCGGGGGCGUGUCCACUCUGGAACUUGACGAGUCGAAACGUUGCGUGGGGUUGAUCGGCAAUCGUAACGAAAAUGGUAACGGUAAAAAGGGCACCGGAAAUCCAUCGUCGAUAAGAAGCCGCAGGUGUUUUGGCUGCCAACACGUCAUCGGUAAAACCACGGGGCAGGCGUGCCCCAAAUUUGAAAACAGCUUAAGUACUAAUACUACGAUUCCUCGUAAAGGGAGCGUCGCAUCAUCGGCGAGUAGAGAACAGAGGUCGAGUUCGUUGCGGAAUGCUUUCCGGCGAUCCUUAACAGAACAAGGGAGUGGGGCCAAGAAAGAACACAAGAGGACGCCGUCGGGGACCUCGGGGCGGAGCUAUGAAACGGGGGAGGAUGCGGCCGCCUCUAUUGGCCGCUCCUCCCCAGACAAUGGUAACGCUUUGCAUGCCCAGCUAGAUAACAUCGAGUUCAUAGAUCAGGAAGAGCAAGAGGGGCCGCAGACUACUACUACUACUACUACUAAAGGAUGGUUCACGAUGGAGAAGUCGAAGAAGGGUAAGGGUAAAGUUGGUGCCAAAAAGAAGCCGCGCAAGAAGAGCAGCACUGAGGAGGUGGUUGCCUCCAGCGACACCACUCCGGAAGAGCAGCAAACUUCGAUAAAGACUAGCAAGACUACAGUGGAGACUAAGCGGUAUACUACGACAGUGACCAACGUGAAUCGAUACCAGUUCACCAAAGUGCAAGAGGAAGAGGACAUCAACAAGCGGGACAAGAAAGUGAAAAAAGGUAGAACUCAAUCGUGUUCCUCUCUACCGUACGAUGAUUUUAUCGAUAAUCUCGCAGUUUUCCGCAAAAGUUUCGACAACGUCCAUUUCAUUCGGGAUGAGAGUAUAGCCAUGAUGCCGCUCGAUAAGAAGGUCGAAAUGAAAGACAACUCAGAGAAGGGACUGCACAGCUUUGCGAGCGCAUUCAUAAAUGACAUCUUGGACACAGCAAUGCGCCUGAUCACCUACAAUCGUCUUAUGUGCAUAGAGAUGAGUCAAAAGCAACAUCGGAAAACCGAAUCGGACGACGAUAAGGAACGCCAGAGUCCAACAACCAAAGCCAACGAAAACAGCAACGUCGUAUCCGUCAUGUACGUACCCAAGAUAACGCAUACCCCGAGCAGCAAUUCCAUCAUCGAUGCCCUGAAAUUCGGCGAGAACUAUGAAGAGUACCAAGACUCUUGCACGGAAAUUCCGGACGCGGAACAUUGCGCUGGCGAAAUUUUGUCCACGAUAACAGAGAACGUGGACAAAAUUGUGGCAGACAAACGCAAUAGGAAGCGUAAAGAUAAGUCCGUGAAGCACGGUGGCGUAACGCGUUGCAUUCCCGUCGAAACCGAUUCUAACGCCGACGACGACUCUGACUUUCCGCAAAGUGAGAUGCAAUUGAUUCCAUAUGAUGCCAAGUAUAAUCUGCCCAAGAAUAUAUUUAAUCUGAUGAGCAAUGCGGAAAUGGUGGAGAUUACCGACCAAAACAUUGAUAUUUUGCACAAGAACGUUGAGAUUGCUGAAAAUAAUCCGGAUCUGAUAACCGAACAACCGGUCAUCGUCUUCACGAAACAGGACAAGGAAUACUCAAUCGAAGAUGAUGAUGACGUCUACAAACCUAUUGCGGUCAGUCCGUGUGGGAGGUUCUUCAAGUACGAAGAGGAAAUUGGGCGGGGCUCAUUCAAAACUGUAUACAGAGGAUUAGAUACUCAGACCGGUGUUGCGGUUGCGUGGUGCGAGUUGCAGGAGAAGAAACUAAACAAAGCAGAGCGACAGAGAUUCAGGGAAGAAGCAGAGAUGUUGAAGAAACUGCAGCAUCCCAAUAUAGUCAGGUUCUAUAAUUACUGGGAAUCGAUCAUUUCGAAAAAGAAAAACAUCGUGUUGGUCACCGAACUGAUGCUCAGCGGUACACUCAAGACAUAUCUGAGAAGGUUUAAAAAGAUCAAUCCAAAAGUUUUGAAAUCCUGGUGCAGACAGAUCCUGAAGGGAUUGGCAUUCUUGCACUCGCGCAGUCCACCCAUUAUUCACAGGGACCUGAAGUGCGAUAACAUUUUCAUAACCGGCACAACGGGAUCAGUGAAAAUCGGAGAUUUAGGAUUGGCCACACUGAAGAAUCGGAGUUUUGCUAAAUCGGUGAUCGGAACGCCCGAAUUUAUGGCGCCUGAAAUGUACGAAGAGCAUUACGACGAAGGUGUGGACGUUUAUGCGUUUGGUAUGUGCAUGUUGGAGAUGGCAACGAGUGAAUAUCCUUAUUCGGAAUGCAACGGACCGGCUCAGAUUUACAAAAAAGUCAUUUCCGGCGUUAAACCGGCGAGCUUCGAGAAAGUCGCAAAUCCGGAGGUGAGGGAUGUGAUAGAAAGCUGUAUUAAACCGCGUAAAGAAGAUAGGCCUCAAGUGAAGGAACUCUUGGUGCAUCCGUUUUUCGAAGAAGACGUCGGCUUGAAGAUCGAUUUGGUUAAUCAAAUUGACAGCAAGGUGAUUUUCCGGUUGCGCGUAAUCGAUCCGAAGAAGAGGACUCACAAGCAUAAAGAGAAUGAGGCUAUACAGUUCGAAUUCGAUAUUGAAACGGAUCGUUUCGAUGUAAUCGCUGAAGAGAUGGCUAAGUCUGGCAUCAUCUUUGAAGACGAUGCUAAAACUGUAGCUAAACUACUGAAGGCGCAAAUCGCGCAAAUAACCAAAGAAAAACUGGAGCAGGAGAAACAGCAGGAGGCGCAAAAGUUGCAAUAUUUACAGUUUUUGCAACAGAAGCAAAUCGCGGAGCAGCAGCAGCAACAACAGCAGCAGCAACAACAGCAGCAGCAGCAGCAGCAGCAACAACAACCUCAACAAUCGACGUAUGUUCCACAGCCACAACAGCAGCAGCAGCAACAACAACAACAGCAGCCGACUCCGGCUGCUAGCUACACUCCUGCACCAGCACAGACUGUUCCUCAGCCACAACCAACGUACACACCUGCGUCCACUCAACAGCAGCAACCGCAGGCUGCUUAUACACCGGCUCCAAGUCAACAGGCACCGCCUCCUCAACAGACAUACACACCGGCACCGGCCCAGCAAAGUGCUUACACACCGGCACCGGCUCAGCAAAGUGCUUACACACCUGCUCCAGUUCAACAACCGGCGGCACCUUCGCAACCGGCAUACCCCCAAUCCACGCCGCAAUCGCAGUUGGUGCAAAUUCAAGCACAGUCGCAACCGCAGCAGCAACAGCCCGUUCCCAACUAUCAACAGCAGAUGAGUGUCCCACAGAACUUUGCCUAUCAGCAGCCACCCUCUGUGAUACCAGCUCAAGAACAACAACAACAACAACCUCAGUACGAACCGCAACCUCCGACAGCUCCAUUGCAACGUCAGAGCUCUAACGAACAACCUACCAUCGUUCCGCAAUAUCCGCCGCAGCCGGAGUUGCUUCAAGUACAACCGCAAGAUCAGCAUCGUCUGUCCACUGUUUCUCAACCUGAGAUGUUGACUCAACCGCAGCAGCCGCCGCAACCUGAGCAUCGAUUAAGCGUCGAUUCGCAAAUGGACAUGCAGAAACAGCAAAUGCUGCAGGAGCAACACAGGGUUCUCAACUAUUCGCAACCAAGUAUUCAAGAGCUGCAGCAGCAAAUUCAACAGCAACAGCUUCAGCAGCAGCAGCAACAACAGCAAAUUCAGCAACAGCAGCAGAUGCAGCAGCAGCAACAGCAGUUGCAGCAACAACAACAGAUACAACAGCAACAGAAGAUUCAACAACAGCAACAGCAGAUUCAACAGCAGCAACACCAAAUUCAACAGCACCAGCAGAUUCAGCAACAACAGCAGAUUCAGCAACAGCAGAUUCAACAGCAACAGCAAAUUCAGCAACAGCAUAGGAAUUCCGUAACACAUACUCCUAAUGUGCAAGAACUGAUGCAAUUGCAGUCUCAACAACAACAGCAGCAGCAGCAGCAACAACAAACACAGCAGGUUGUACCUCCGCAAGACGAUCAACAAUCGCAGUUACAUCAUAGAUUGAGCACAACUAGUCGACCUCCUUUGCAACAGAUAUUAGAACACGAUGCUGUCGUAGCCGCCGCAGCUGCAGCAGCUGCUCAAGAACUCGCUCAACAGCAGUUGCAACAACAACAACAACUUCAACAGCAACAGUUGCAGCAGCAACAACUGCAAACGCAGCAGCAGCAAUUGCAGACUCAACAACAACAACCUCAAGCGCAAGUUCAACAACCUGCGGCUCAGCAGACUCAAAUAAAUUACGGAAUUCCGGAUUAUGUUCAACAGCAAUCGAUACAAGAACAGUUGUAUCAACAGCAGCAGCAGCAGCAGCUUCUGCAGCAACAAUUGUUGAGUCAACAGCAGAGUGCGGCAGCGCCGCAACACAUCCAGCAACAGCCUGUAGUUGUUCAACAACCUGUGGGUCAACAUGUCCAGCAGCAGCCAGUUACUCAACAACAUGUACAACAACAACCAAUUCCUCAGCAGAUUCAGCAGCAGGUGCAAACACAUAUCCAACAACAAGCAGUUGCCCAACAUAUCCAACACAUUGUACCGCCACCAAUAGAUUUUCCGCAGCAUGCUUCGCAAACUGCCGUUGAUCAACAAAAGAAUGUACAUAGGUUAUCUGGAGAUAUGGCUCCGAUAAAUAUGAGUGAAUAUGACCAGCAAAUGGCAUUGAUGUUGCAACAUCAACAGCAACAACCAACAUCUUCGGUUCAGCAGCAGCAGCAGCAUCAAAGAUUAUCUACAGCUUCUCUACCACCAAUCACAAAUUACGAUGUCACCGCAAUUGACCAAAGGAGAAUGUCUACAGCGUCGCAACCUACUGGUACGGCUAUCAUGGAAUACCAACAACAACCACCUGCUCAAGUGUACGCCCCAUAUCAAGCGAAUGCACCGCAACCUGCGGAAAUUCUCCAACAACCAUUCCAGCAGGUGUACGGUCAAAUUGUACAGCAACCUCAACCUCCACCUUCGACAGUUCUACCACAGCAGCAGCAGCAGCCGGAUUAUGUUUAUCAAAAUUCAGUUGAUUAUUCUCCGCAAACAUCAGUCGAAGGAAACAGGGAAGAUCCUUUGGCAGCGCCCAUUACCACACAAGUUGAAACGGAUUUGAGUUCAACGGAACAAGUAAGUGAAAACACUGACCCAGCUACCCCUGGCCAUCAUCGGCGUUCGCCAAAAAGGCCUCCGUCUAAACAGCUUCGCGUCCAAAACGUACACCUCGAUGGCACUGUUGAGUGUCAGCUGCUUUGCAAACAGAAAGCAAUCAGUUUCAAAUUCAAUCGUUUCGACACAAAGUCCUCCGACAUAAUCGAAGGCAUGAUCAAAGAGAAUUGUUUGAAACCUGGAAACCAUAAAACACUCACAGAACAGCUGGACAGUAUAUUGCGGCAAUUGGAGGAAAAUCCUGCCAAAAUUCCGCAAUGUCCACGUUACGUGCAGAAGGUUAGACAUGCUUCACUGACUAGGCCGCAUCGAAAAACACAUCGUCGUUACAAGUCGAGAGAUGAUUCAACUAAUGAGCAGCUUAAGGAGCUUCAACAGCAACAGCAGCAAGAGAUGUUACUGAAAAUGAGCGAAGAAUCUGGUUUCCAGGGCUUGAAAAAUUCGUUGGCAGAGAAGAUGUGCAAUUUACAAAAUAUGCAGUGCAGGGAAAGUCUCAACAGCAGUGGAACUGUUUCUAGGAAAACUAGCACUGCCAGUGAAUAUACACCUGAACACACUUAUGUUCAGCAGGUUGAACAUCCUGUGCCCAGCACGACAACCGUCAACGAAGGAUGCCUGAGUUCAACUUUAGUCGUGGAAUGCGUGAAUAAGAUUGAAUUGAGCGGAGAAGGCGAGAAAGUCGACUUGAAAAUAUUACGAAUCGAUCCGAACAUGGGCGAUUGCUGCUGCAUACCGCAGCUCCAACAGUUGGAGACAAGCGAUGCGUCUAAAGAUAAAUUAAAGGUUCCGCCGCAAAGAAAAAUCUCUAGAUUCUUGGUUAGUCCAGUUAAUUCAGGUCAACUCGAUAUACCCACCGAUAAACAGGUCGCAGAUUCUAUUGAUAGUCCAAAAGAGGGUGAGGGUGAAAAUGUACCGAAGAGAAAGGAUUCUGUACCAUUGGAGAUCAAGAGUGCAACGGAGGUGGAACGAGGUCAGGAGGUGCUCAUGGAAAUUGCUCCGAAGGAGGAGGCUGUGAUUUGCGGACCCGAGACAAUAACUUUGGAGCAAUUGAAGAUUAGUUUAGAAAAUCUAAAGCAGGUCGGACCCGUCUCCCUGAAGGAAUCCAAAACUAGCUGCACCAAUGCACCUACGGCUACGGUCACCACAGUUGCUGCCGCAGUAAUAUCGCAGCAACCGACGAGUCUUCCUACAACUAGUAUAAUCACUCCCGCGGUAGCUACCGUUCCAGUAUCAUCCACGGCACUUCCAACUAUUUCCUCUACACAAGUGUUGCAGCAGCAGCAGAUAAUGCCGCAAUUGCCUGAACACGUGGUCUCGUUGCCGCAGUUAUCAUCCGCGGCCCAUACCAUACCAAAACCCAUCGCAACAGUAUAUUCACAACAAAUGCCUUACAAUAUUGUACCUCCGAUGACUGCUUCGCAAUACACGAAGAGCAUACCUCAGUCUACGUCGUUGCCUCAAGUCAGCGCUGCCAUAUCGCAACCGAUACCACCAGUAACGACUCAACAGCAACACAAUAUUCCUCCUAAUCUACCACCAGUCAACGUAAUUUCCCAACAACCUCCACCAAUCACCCAACCGACUCCACCUAUUAUAGAACAACAAAUUUUACUGCAAGAUCCUACGCAACAGCAGCAGCAGCAGCAUCAGCCUGCCCAUGCCUCAUUAGAAACUAAAAAAUCUCUACCAAAUCUCAAAUUAAUUUCUGAAAGUUCUUCGGCACAAGGAAGCCAACCGGGAACUCCUCAAGACACCAAAUAUUCGGCGCACAUGCAGAGUCUCCAGCAAAAGCUAUCUUCCAUCACUAUGACGGGACAAGUACCGGGCCCAUUGAGUCCCCAAACCAAUUUGGUUUCCUUAGAGUUCCCUAAACCAAAUAUUGCGUCUGACAUUAAUGUUGCUAAGCCGCAACAACAGCCACAACAGCAACAACAACAACAGCAGCAGCAGCAGCAACAGCAACCGUCACACGUUAUCCAACAAUCUCCGAUGACGCAAGAUACUGUUGUUGCUGUAGCUUCCGAAGUGACAUCUCCCAUUCAAGACUUGGACGUUCUUCAGCCACUGGACCGCAGCAAGUUGAAUGCGGAAAUUGCCAAGAUCAAUUCGCGACGGGAGAGCGUGGUUUCGCCACCGAAAACCGUGGACUUGCUGGAGUCGAGUCUGUCCGAAGAGACCGCAGUAGCAAAUGCAGAGGCAUCUGCGAAAAAGGAACGCAGGGUUUCUAGGUUUAAAGUUAGCGUAGUCACGGAACCGGAUCGCAGUAAAUUAGAGACAAACGCAUCUGCUGCAUCAGCAGCCCACAAGGAGGAAAAGAAGGAGGAUAUAACAGCUGUUAUAAAUCACUCGUUUGAGAAGCUCUUAGAGACCGUAGUUGCUACUAGCUAUCCUAAAAAAGAUGAUUUAGUUGAAGUUUCUUCGGCACCUUUGGAUGAAACCUUUGAAGAGAUGUUGAAUAGGCAGAAGGCGGAGCUGAACGCUCUCAUGGAAGCGCAUAGGAAGCAGCAGUUAGAGUACAUGGGUUCCUUUGCCGGUAAACUAAAAUCCACCUGAAAACCAGCAGCAGGUUUGUAUUUCCACACUAUUAUAUACAAAAAAAAAACACAACAUAUUUUAUUACGUAAGAAAAU